UGACGACUAUGUGGAUUUUGGGAGCUACAGCUUCAUUGGCUGCGUGUACAAGGCGCUGAAGAAGGCUCUGAAGUCGCUACGCGCCGUCAACUGCAUCGUCAAGUAGGUCCCCGAGAUGCUGAACGCCUGCAUCAAAUGUGUGAAGAAGAAUGAUGUGCUCGCCAUUGUUAACUCCUGCAAGUCGACAAGAUCAUCCAGCUGCAUAGCCAGCUGUGUCCUCAAAGCAGUGCAGCUCGGCAAGCAGUCCGCCAAGACUAGCUCCUGCUUCAUUGUCGCCACCAACGAAGUCACGUCCAGCUUCGAUAACUUUUUGCCCAAGGUCUGUGUGAACAUUAAGUUAGUAUAUUGA